AUGGCCACCGAGGAGAAGCGUCCGAUCACAUACAGCAAUGCCAUCACUACAUCUCCUCACGAGAAGUCACCAGUGACUUAUGCUACACCUGUUGCUGGUAUGGAAGAGGAGCUCGAGAAGGGAGAGGGAGUUGAAGGAGAAGGACUUGCUCACUGGCAACCCGGCUUCUUCGCACAAUUUCCAUGGCUGGGCAUUGGAGCUCUCGGCGGUGUCCUCGCAUGCCUGAUCGCAGCUGUCGUGGUACUUGUGUGCUCAAACCACAAGACUCAGACGAGAACGGCACAUCACCGACCAUGGCCAAAAGCUGUUGCCCCAAACGUCCUCAUCUCGAUCUUCAACAGUGUAGCAAAUAUCUGCUUCGGAAUUGCAAUCAGCAAUGGCAUUGCUAUCGCGUGGUGGCGGAGAGCGCUCAAGGGCGGCACGAUCAAGGACCUGAACAAAUCUUGGCAAUUUAGCAGCAGUGUCAAGGAGAUUGCCUUGGCGGGAAAAGCAUUCAACAUCAUUGCACUUACUGCACUUGUGACGAAGAUGACCGUGAUCGAUUCGACACUUCUCCAGAAAGCCAUUGGCACGUACACUCAGACUGAUUUAAUCGGUCUGCGUCACAACGUUACGUGGGGUUUCAUCAACGAGACCUUUCCUAGCACUGGUGCUGGAUUUAGUACAACUGAGGCCGGAGCAGGCUUGCAGCCUUGGUUCAACCAGGAUCUUCUGAUCUGGCAGGUGGGCGGAGGCGUCUUCCCAAAUCAAUUCACAACGUACGACCACGAAAAUGGGGUGAUUAAGAAUCCGGUCACCAAGAAAGUCAAGACUGCACCCUGGAUUGACAAGGCCACUAUGUACCUCAACCUUUCUGGCGCAGGCUUCGGAGUCUAUUGCGCCGAAGAAGACUACUCCACGACCGCGAUUGAUGUGUCCAAUCUGCUGUUUCCAGAAUACGACAUUGAUACUGGAGUACCGUAUACUCCAAACGCCACGAAUUUCACGCUGUUCAAUCAGCAGCUGUACGGAUUGAACUUCUCCGUUCACAUAGGAGUUGCAGGCAGCGUUCCAGAUGGGCCAGAUGCCUGGAUUAACAAUACGGACUACAUCUUGAUGGAUGUUGUCUCCAGUAAAGCGUUUGAACGAGAGCUCGACAAUUCUUCGUACGCGUGCCCUGGCACUUUGUACAAACAGACUUGCCGUCUACGACCGGCUGUCGUCAGUUAUCCUGUCCAAUUGACCCAGCGUGGGGAAGUGUCGUCCUGGACUGCCACACUCGCUACCGACCAGAACCAAACACUCUUCUACGACUACAAUCAGACUGGAAGCCAACAGAGCUACCACGACAUUGUGCGAUAUCAAGAUGUCAAGGACAUUGAAAACGGUACUCUGAUCUACACAGGCGGUGCAUCAAAGUUCGGCAACAACACUUUAGGCGGCUUGGCCUAUGGUCUUAACGCAUACCUUGGAGGUUACAGCUGGGUGAAGCGAGACACGAAUGGUAUUGGCUUUUUGCUCAAUGCCACUGGAAGCGCUCAGGGUUACCUCAACAACCUCCCUGAUGUGACCAAGUCUGCUUGCGACUUCCAGUAUGGCUGGCCUCUUAGUGGUGGCACCGAGCUUCUUGGGGAGAGUGGGGCGAGUGGACCAGCAUCUGGCAACGCCCACUCCGCCUACGUCGAUCCUGGCGUUCUUGGAAGCAUCAAUUCUAUCAUGUUCGCUCUUGCCACUGACGUAUCGAUCAUGGACUCCAACAACAAAUACGAUGCAACCUACGAUGGCUUUGACUCCCGAAUCUGGAUGGACACAAUCCACUAUCAAUCAAACUACUGCUAUAUGGCCGGUGCAAUCGCUUCGACGAUCAUCUGCAUCCUGUGUGUUCUACCUUCGUACUGGGGCUUCUGGCAACUCGGCCGCAAGGUAACCCUCGGGCCGUUCGAAAUCGCGGCCGCCUUCCGAGCACCCAACCUCAAUCAUCCUACUGCUGCGAACGCACCAGUCGACAAGCUGAUCGAGGAAGUCGGCGACAGGCGGGUUCAAUUCGGACACAUUAUUAGUGGAAGCGAUGCAGGUCGCAUUGGUGUUGCUGAGCCAGAAUUCGUUGAACGAGCGAAACCAAAGAUCGGUGUUGCUGGCGAGGAGAUCAAAGGCAGAUUUUCGCAAGCCUUUGGAAGGAAGCGAUAG